CAGAACCGUCUCCAAACGUAGGGAGGGAUAUCUGCAGGACAACUUCUGAACCAAUGAGCAAACUACAGCUGCUCAUCCCCAUUAGCUCUGACCACCAAGCUGAAUGGUAAACUUGACCAGGAUACUGCUCACUUACAUAUACCUCCAUACUCCUCGUUGUUCCCUUAUCGUCAGAACACUCCCGAUCAACAAUCGUCGACACUCAUCAUGGCUCCAGUAUCUACUCAAGACCAGGCGCCCGCCUCCAAUGGCCACGUCAAGAAGCAGCCGGCUUUCAAGAAGACAGCGGGUGCUGCAGUCGACCCCGGCUUUACCGGACCGGCGAAGCUCGAGUUCAAGAACAAGUAUGAGGAGCGGGAAUACAUCAAGGGCCGACUUGCCUGCGCAUACCGAUUGCUUGGUCACUAUGGGCUCAAUGAAGGUCCCGCUGGACACAUUACAGUCAGAGAUCCCAUUGAGCCGGAAACCUUCUGGGUUAACCCUUUUGGAGUCGACUUCAACUUGAUCAACAAAAGUGAUCUCCUUCGAGUCGAUCACGAAGGCAACAUCCUGGACCAUGGUCGUGUCAAGCUUUUGAACAGAUCUGCGUUCCUGAUUCAUGGGGCAAUUCAUGCGGCCAGACCGGACGUCCAAUGUGCAGCGCAUACCCAUUCAGUCCAUGGCCGUGCCUGGUGCGCCCAAGGCAGGAAGCUUGAUUACAUCACAAUGGAAGCAUGCCUAUUUUGGAAUGACCACGUCGUGUUCGAAGGCAAGGGGCUCGUUCUGGCCGAAGACGAAGGUCGCGACAUUGCAGAAGCUCUCGGCGACAAGAAGGCAGCUCUACUUCGCAACCACGGAAUACUGACAGUGGGUCAGACAAUCGAGGAAGCAGUAAAUUGGUUUUACGCCCUCGACAAAGUCUGCUACGUUCAAUUGCUAGCAGAUGCCGCAGCCUCUGGUCGAGGUCUCGAAACGAGCAAGCUCAGCGAAGAAGAAGCUGAAUACACUCGUAAUUCAGUGGGCACGCCUAGAGCUGGUUACUUUGCCGGGAAAAUGAUGAUGGAUUUCAUUGAUGAGCUGACUGAGAAGAAGUAUAUGCAGUGAUUUAUUU